CUUCAACUUUCGGCAAUCAUGAACGCCAAUCCUACGAAUCCGCCCACUCUUUUGCAUUAACUCGGCUUCAUCAUCCACCAAGCUAACAGUCCGAAGCUCCCAACCUCAAUGCAACCAGAUCCCAAAGGUUAAGCAUCAACUCUACAUCGGAGAAUUCUUACACUCUCCUGCUGAUUUGAAGGUUGGUUGCUGUUCAAACACCGCCCAGGUCCGCCUUCUGAGGUUCCGGCAGGCAAGGAAUGUCAAUUGACGGUGUGAUGCUGGUAAUCUGUUUCAGCGAUGAAGGAGGAUGGAGGGAGAGAUGGUGGAGGCAAGGCGGAAGUGAGUGAUGAAUCGUUUGGGUCACCGCGGUGUAAGAUACGAUGGCAACUGCAUGCAGCACACGUGAGGUAAGUUGGAUCAAAAGAUGUGAAGGUAGUAGAGGGCAUAAACUCGCCGUAAACUUCGAGCGCGUGACCUCCACUCGCGUGGUUCUUGAGUGGUGGUGGAUGUGGUGGCGGCGUUUGAUGAUUACCUUGCUGAUGGAGAUUGGUUUAGCUGGUUGGAUCUGGGUCGAAGUUUCGGAUUUGGGUUCGGGAUAUUUAGGAGUCAUAUCAGUUGCUCCGACUUCAACCAUCUAUGGGUUUUUUAAUUUUCAAGCAUCUAUGUUUAGCACCGUAGCUAAGGAAGAUCUUGUGAACAUCUGAUCCAAUAUCAUUUGUUUCUGAUCCUCUCAUGCUUCAAGCUGAACCCAUUUGAACAUCUUAACCUAUCUUUAAACGGCAGUACACAAAGGACCAAGAAAGACAAAGCGACACAAUAAAAAUCUGGAUAAGCAUUGGAAAUGGAACCAGAAGAGAUGGAAAACUCCAGAAACCCAUGAAACCAUAUGAUAAAGAGGAAAAUGAUAUCACAGACACGGAUUGAGCUUCGUUACGAUUGAGAAUGAAGAAAAUUAACAUUGUUCAAAUUCUCGACAGAGUUGAGAGCUUCAUACAGAUGCAUUUGCUUAAAUAAUUUGAUAUGCUAAUCAAGUCUGCAUUGUUCAUCAGUUAUUCUUUUUAUGUAGGUUUCUAACUUUCUACAAUCAGGGGAAAUAUAGCUCAAGGAACUCAUAACCAAUCUAAACAACGCUUGAUCAUGCGAGAAUAAAUAUAACCUAUCAUAUUUAUGUGUUUAAUGUUUACUACAUACUGAAAUGUUUAUACACUCAUGAUCACAUGAAUAUAAAAUUUCAUACAUGUGGUAGAUAUUCAAGAACAUAUUUGGGAGGAGGAGAUCAAGGAAUUGUGUUUUUGGCCAUUUCCAGUAAAACACAAAGAUGCUACACACCGAGAGCUAUAGGUCACAACUAUACACUACAAAAUCCUUCACAAGAAAAUGAUGCAUUGAGAUGAAUUUCUAAAACCAAGCCACUGAAUUAUAUGGCUAGAUAAAGGAUGAUUUUGUGGCUGGAGGAUUGCAAACAGUCAAGAAUAUGGCUCAAGUCAUCAAGCUUUGGUAUGGAGAGAUAUGUUAUGCAGUUCAAACAUGAGCAGGAUAAGGUCUCAUUUACAAAAACUAUAUAUCAGAAAUUAUGCAGUCAGGCAUCUCAUUCUCAUAUCUGAAUUUCUGAAGGGAUCGUAAAGAGUAUUCCUGAAGUCUACGUUCUGUUAAAGCUACUCCAUCCUGAGUCUGAUGAUUCUGCUCAG